GGCGCUGAAGGGUGAGUCGACUGAUAUUAUAGAUAUUUGAUAUCUUCCUGUGCGUGAGAAAAACUUGCUAGUUCUAUCGGCUUAGGAUGGGUCGGAGUCCUACAGCACGCUCAUGAAGAGCAACGAUGGAUAACAGUACUAGUUAUGUAUCGUUGAUAUCAACUAAUCCACAGGAUGUCAAAGUCGGUUCCACGUUGGAGAAAUCCACGGGGAAGAAACACCUCACGGACAAUAACCCAGAAACGUGCUGGACAUCACGACAGGGUCCUGGGCAAUAUAUCCAUCUAACGUUCGAAAAGCCAGCGAUACCCAAGCGCGUCACCAUCAUCUUCCAGGGCGGAUUUGUCGGAACUAAAUGUAGAAUCGAUGUCUCCGCGGCAUCAGAUAGGCCCGAAUGGCAGACAUGGACAUAUAUCCAUCCCGAGGAUGUGAACAGACGGCAAAUUUUCGAGUUGAUAACCCAUGGAGACAGAUUACAAGGGAAGGGGAUUCAAAGCAUGAAGCUCGUCUUCGAGGAGAGUUCAGAUUUCUAUGGUAGAAUCACAAUAUAUGAGCUAAAAAUUGAAGGCCUCUUACUCUGAAUUAAAAGCUCACUGGAGUCAAUGCGGCUCUUGAAGCUUGAAUGGUCUUCUGUGUGUCAGGAAAAAAAUGUGACUUGCGUUCAAAGUCCCAGUGCAUGUGAACAAGAGCAUCCGAGGGAUG